CGCCGCGUCCUGGAGACCGCCCGGGUCGCGCCCGCAGCAUGGAGAGCCCCGGCGCGGCGCCCCGCCAGCGUCCACCCCGUGCCCUUCCUCCUGUGCCAGGUGGAAACCAUGAUGAAAUUCCACUGAGCCGUCCAAAGAAAAGAAAACCCAAAGGGAAGAAUUCAUUAGACGGCAUAGUUCAGGCAGCAGUCCGUCGGACAUCCGAGAGCAGUGAGCCUCUUACUCCUGAGAUUCAGGAUGCCCCACCUCAAAGGAAACGCAAGAAGAAAAGAGUACCUCCUGAUUCUGAGACGUCUUUCAUCCAGCAUAAUGCACCAAGCACAUCCUUGUUUCAGAAUGGAAAUGGCAUGGAUCCCCAAGCAGCUGAUGAAAUGGGGACCCGUAAACAUCGAAAAAGGACAAAGAAGACUCGGGCAGCUGAAAGGCAGUGCUCCAACGAACUAGAAGUGGAGGAAGAGGAUAUAAUUGAAGAUGAACGAAUUAAAAGCCCGGAUCAGCAACCUGUGUUUGCUGCUCCCAUUGGUGUCAGCCAGCCUGUGAGCAAAGUGUUCAUUGAAAAAAAUCGACGUUUCCAAGCAGCUGACCGCACUGAAUUGAUUAAAACCACAGAAAAUAUUGAUGUAUUUAUGGAUGUAAAGGCUUCAUGGACCACCAAAGAUGUAGCACUCUCAGUGCACCGGGGUUUCAGGGUGAUUGGCCUCUUUACUCAUGGCUUCCUUGCUGGGUAUGCUGUGUGGAACAUCAUUGUAAUUUACCUUUUAGCAGGAAGCCAGCUGUCUGCUCUCUCAAACCUGCUACAACAAUACAAGACUUUAGCAUAUCCUGCACAGUGUCUUUUUUACCUGUUGCUGACUAUCAGUACAGUCUCAGCCUUUGACAGGAUUGAUUUGGCUAAAGUAUCAGGAGCAGUGCAAGGCUUUCUUACCCUGGACCCAGCAGCAGUAGCCUCUUUUUUGUACUUCACAGCUCUCAUCUUGUCUUUGAGCCAGCAGAUGACAAGUGACAGAAUCAACCUCUACACACCACCUUCAGAGAAUGGCAGCCUUUGGAUGGCAGAUACUCUGGAACAGAUUCUUCAGCCCUGGAUUGUGGUGAAUCUGGUGGUGGCUCUUUUAGUUGGGAUGUCCUGGGUCAUCUUAUCAUACCAGCCAGAGCUAGAUCACAGUGAAGAACUGAUGUUUCAGGAUGAAGCAGAGGAAUUUCCUCCCUUAGAUAAAACCUCCAAAGUCCAGUCAUAGUACAGAAAAUGUAUCUUCAAAUACACUAGCUAUGACUGAUGGUGUAAUGCAUUAUAUAUACUAUACCUUUUAUAUAUGUUUUUUACAAAGCAAAAUUUGUAUUUUUGUAUAAUGUACAUAUUUGUUAUGGUGGAUCUUUUAUUUUAACUAUGCUGUUUUUUAAAUUUACCAAGAUACUUGAAAAUAAGUCUAUACAAUUUUUAUAAUGCUUUUCUUUUCUUUUUUUGAAAAAGCAAAGUCUUUCUAGUGAAUAGAGA